AUGACUGACUUUGGUCAGCAACACUUGUUUGCCGCCAAGAAAUUGAUUCGAAAUCUUGUCAAAGAUACGUCGGCAUUCUCGAACAAUGACUGCCAUUCAUUCCUGUGUUUGGGAAUAUACCUCUACUGGGAUAUGUCUACUGCAUUUCUCGUUCACCCAGAUGAACAACAGCAGUUGGACACCAUUGAGAUAUCCAUCGCAGUGCAUAAAAUGGGAAAUUGGCAUCAUCCGAUGUACGGCUCCUGCACUGAGCUUCUCUUCAUUCUCGCUAAUGUGGCACGUUACGAUCGCCUUUUAUUGGAAUCGGAGCAACGCAAUUUGACCCAAGAAACCGGCUUGGAAAGGGGACUAUGCGAGUGGGCUGCAACACCUCCAACCAUUGUUCUUGGGCAUUUAUAUGAGGCUUGGCGUACGAUAGGUUUUGUAUUUCUUUAUACCGUCAGCGGAUGGAAUCCGUCCUUUCAAAACCCUGAUCUGGUCAACCAUGAUCUGGAAUCAUUGAUCUCACAUUAUGCCCGUGAGUCUAUCUGGCACCUUGUGAAAAUCCCUGUAUCUUCAAAUAAUCUGAACUACCAAUCUCUUUCAAGAUGA